CCUUUCCAAGUUAAUAAUAUGUUUUGUUAGUACGUUGUGGUGUUUGCAACAGAAAAUGUUACCCGCCUUUCACAAAAGUUGUGAUGAGAUGAUUAAGGAAUGGGAAAGCUUGGCGUCCAAAGAGGGUUCGUCAUGUCUGUUGGAUGUUUGGCCAUCUCUACAACACUUGACGGCCGAUGUGAUUUCUCGAACAGCAUUUGGAAGUAACUAUCAGGAAGGAAGGAAAAUAUUUGAACUCCUCAAAGAGCAAGCAGAGCUUGUAAUAAAUACAUUACAAAGUGUUUACAUACCAGGAUGGAGGUUUCUACCAACUAAGAUGAACAAGAGGAUGAAGAAAAUUGACAAAGAGGUAAAAGGUCUAGUUAAGGGUAUAAUAAAUAAAAGAGAGAAGGCCAUUGGGGCAGAUGAAGCCUCUAAAGAUGACUUAUUAGGUGCACUUAUGGAGUCAAAAUUCAAGGACAUCCAAGGAGAUGGGAAGGUUGGGAUGAGUAUUGAAGAUGUAAUUGAGGAAUGUAAGCUAUUUUACUUUGCUGGGCAAGAGACUACUUCAGUAUUGCUGGUUUGGACAAUGAUAUUACUUGGUCAAAGUCAGAAUUGGCAAGAUCGAGCAAGACAAGAGGUUUUGCAAGUCUUUGGAAGCAACAAGCCAGACUUUGAUGGACUAUCUCAUCUAAAAGUAGUAACAAUGAUUUUACUUGAAGUUCUUCGAUUGUACCCUGCAGUGGUUGUGAUCUCUCGAAUCACCCACAAGAAAACACAACUCGGGAAAUUCUCACUACCAGCGGGAGUCCAAGUCGGCUUACCAACACUGCUCAUUCACCGUGACAAGGAACUGUGGGGUGAUGAUGCAAACGAGUUCAAUCCUGAGAGAUUUUCGGAAGGAGUAUCUAAGGCAACAAAGAGCUAACUCUCAUUCUUCCCUUUUGGAGGCGGUCCCCGGAUUUGCAUCGGACAAAACUUUGCUAUGAUGGAAGCGAAGUUGGCCUUAUCAUUGAUCUUGCUACACUUUGACUUCAAGCUUUCUCCAUCUUAUGUUCAUGCGCCUUCCGCACCUAUGAUUCGACCACAAUAUGGAGCUCCUAUCAUUUUACAGAAACGUUAACGAGAUAUGUUAGGAAAAUGGCACCUAUAUAUGUAUGUACUUGUAAGUUGUAAGCAUGCUGCGUGAAGUUUUCUCAGAU